UUGCCGCCGCCGCUGCUGUUGUGGUAGAGCUUUCCCUCCUGUGUUUACAGCUUCUGUGAGGCAGAGACGCUCAGAGGAAGAACCAGGAGCCCUGGGCUGCAUAAACAAGGAGAGCAGGAGUCCAUCUAAGCGGAGCUGGAAGGAUUUCACCUUGUUGCUGUUUGUUUCGGGAGAUUUUCCUUCCCCCCGCCUCGGGCACUAUCCAGCUGAGGGUUUGUUUCGUUGCUACGUCCACAGCCGGCCAGAAGAAAAGCGCUUCACAUAUUACACACGAUUUUGGUCGUGGGCUCCCUGCAGGAAAGAGAUCAGCACCAAUCUUCGAGAAGGAGGGAGAUACGAUCGACUGAGGUUUUCUCUACCUCCGGCUGAACGUGAGAGUUCAAGUGACACCGCCGCUGGCCUCUGGCUGGCUGCACAGCGAGCCGGAAUCACAGCCAGAGCUGCUCAGUUUACCUGCUCGAGGACCCUAUAAACCCUCCCAUUGACGGUAGAGAUUUGUACCCAGAGGAAAAUCGGAUUAAUGUAAACUAUGCAGAGCUUUGUGGGGAUAUCUGGAGACUACCCUGUCUGCAUGGCUAAUCUUGAAAUUGUCUGAAAUAAAUCCUUAGCGCAAGGAAUAACGAGAUACUUUCAACUGGUGGGGUUUUUUAACUUCACGCUUUUUUUUUUUUCUUUUUUCCCUUUCUGCGAGAAUUUACCACUUCUAUCGCAAGGCUUUCACAGGAGAAUGGGACACAAGCUGGGAAACUCCUCACGCUUCAUAAAAACCCUAGGGCUAACAGUUUCCAUCGUCGUUGCAGUAUGAAAGGUACACUUUGGAUUGUCUGCUGGUGGCUGAGAUGGAUCAGUCUUUCUCUGUUUCUGUUAGCGAUGUGCUGAAGGAUCCGGAUUUACUGAAAUACUGACGCCCAUAAACUUAUUCCGUCUCUCUUGAAGGCAUUGGAUGUGUCAGUGCAGAGAAACGUGUUUCACAUUUCUGACUGAUUGUUUUGGUGCAAGCAAUACCUCCACGAGAAACAUGGACUUAGGCGGCGAUUACCAUACCGGGAGGCACAGAGAGUGCUGCUUUAGGGUUGCAUGCAAAGUGAGCACAAAUCAAAGAGUUCGCCGUUCCUGUGAAGUGGGGGCUUCUCUUCCCCCCAAACUCCGGGGCAAAGGCAGCGUGCGAUGUUCCCUGCCCACCAAAGGCAGCCCGGCCUCGGGGUGCGGAAUGAGCAAUGACCAAAGCGCUGUCAGGAGUGGCAGGCAGUCAGAUCGGAUGGGGAUCAGUGAGGCAAUAACGGCUGAAAGAAAGGUGGAUCGUCAAAUUAUUGCCCGGAGGAAUAGCAGGCGAGGCGGAAUGAUGAUAAAGUUAAACUUCUGUUUCAUCUUCUGUCGGGGAUGGUGGGCGUUUCUGUUGCUUCAGCUCCACAUGUUGCAAGCACUGGCACAAGAUGAUGUUGCUCCUUACUUCAAGACUGAACCCGGCUUGCCCCAGAUACACUUGGAAGGAAAUCGACUCAUCCUUACGUGCCUUGCUGAAGGCAGCUGGCCCUUGGAAUUUAAGUGGUUACACAAUGACAGUGAAAUAACCACCUACUCCAGUGAAUACAGAUUCAUCAUCCCAGCUUUGCAGAGGUCUGAUGCUGGUUUCUAUCAGUGUGUUGUACGGAACAGGAUGGGGGCUUUGCUGCAAAGAAGAUCUGAAGUUCAAGUGGCAUACAUGGGAAAUUUCAUGGACACAGUCCAGAGAAAAACAGUGACCCAAGGACAAGCUGCAGUUCUAAACUUCCCAAACAUACUCAGCCAUCCAAGGCCACAAGUGACAUGGUUUAGAGAUGGACACAAGAUAAUUCCAAGCAGCAGAAUAGCCAUCACACUGGAGAAUCAGCUGGUCAUCCUUGCAACAUCAGUGACCGAUGCAGGAGGCUACUAUGUCCAGGCAGUGAAUGAAAAGAAUGGGGAAAACAAGACAAGUCCCUUUAUUCAUCUCAGCGUAGCAAGUGCCACGGACCCGCCUGACACUGAGGAUCCUGUCAUUGUCAUCCCUCCCCACAACACCAGCGUGGCAGCAGGGAGCAGCGAAGUCACCCUGGAGUGUGUGGCCAACGCGAGACCUCUUGAGAGACUAAGCAUCACCUGGAAGAGAAAUGGAAUAAAAAUAACCAGUGGCAUUAGCAGCUUUGGGAGGCGACUCACUAUCACCAACCCAACCUCUGCAGAUGUGGGGAUGUACGUCUGUGAAACAAAAUUGAGAGACAGCACAGAGGAACCAGCAAGAGCAAAAGCCUUCUUUUCUAUAAUGGAACCACCAUAUUUUACGGCUGAGCCUGAGAAUGUGAUUUUGGCUGAAGUGGAGAAAGACGUGGACAUCCUGUGCCAGGCAAUGGGUGUUCCCAUUCCCACCUUGGUCUGGUAUAAGAACUCUGUUCCUCUCAGCAAGCUGGAAAACCCCCGCUACAAAGUGCUGCUGAGUGGUGGGCUGCGGAUCCACGCGCUGCGUCCUCAGGAUGCUGGGAUCUUCCAGUGUUUUGCUACUAAUAAAGCUGGGGAGAUACAGACACACACCUACCUGGAUGUGACUAACAUUAAACCAGCAUUUAUACAGCCUCCAGAGGAUACCACUGUGACAGAGGGAAUGACUGCAGUGCUAACCUGUGAAGUUUUAGGGGCUCCAAAACCUGCCAUCUCAUGGAAGAGAGGAAACCAGAUCUUAGCCAGUGGCUCCGUUCAGAUUCCUCGGUUCAUUCUUCUUGAAUCUGGAGGGCUCCAGAUAACACCCGUUUUCCUUCAGGAUGCUGGCAAUUAUACUUGCUGUGCAGUCAACUCUGAAGGAGCUCUGAACGCUUUUGUGAUGCUGACAGUGUGGAAUCGCACUUUCAUUGUUCACCCCCCUGAGAACAGCACUGUGAUCAAGGGAACCACAGCCACGCUGAGAUGUGAAGCCACUCGUGAUCCUAGAAUUUCAAUCAGGUACGUUUGGAAGAAGGACAAUGUUGUAAUAAAUCCAUCCAGCAGUUCCAGGGUCACAGUAGAGAAAGAUGGAACCCUCCUCAUCAGUCAGACAUGGUCAGGUGACAUUGGAGACUAUACUUGUGAGGUAAUUUCUUUCGGAGGAAAUGACUCCAGAACUGCUCGACUAGAAGUGAUUGAGCUGCCUCAUUCCCCUCAGAACCUUCUGGCCACUCUGAAUUCCUCCUACAGCCGCAGCGUGAUGCUCUCCUGGGUGCGCCCCUUUGAUGGGAACAGCCCUGUUCUCUACUACAUGGUUGAGCUUUCUGAGAACAAUUCUCCCUGGAAGGUUCACUUAUCAAAUCUUGACCCAAAGAUGACCGGUGUCACUGUGAGCGGACUCACUCCAGCCCGAACUUACCAGUUCAGGGUUUGUGCAGUUAACCAGGUGGGAAAGGGCCAGUACAGCUCUGAGACCAGCAGGCUGAUGCUACCCGAGGAGCCCCCCAGUGCCCCACCUAAAAAUAUUGUGGCCAGUGGACGCACCAACCAGUCCAUCAUGGUCCAGUGGCAACCUCCUCCAGAGAGUGAACACAAUGGGGUUCUUCAUGGGUACAUCCUCAGGUACCGUCUGGCUGGCCUCCCUGGAGAAUACCAGUAUAAGAACAUCACCAGUGCAGAAAUUAACUACUGCUUAGUGAAAGACCUGAUCAUUUGGACCCAGUAUGAAAUCCAGGUGGCAUCUUACAAUGGAGCUGGACUGGGAGUAUUCAGCAGACCUGUGACAGAGUACACUUUACAGGGAGUGCCUACAGCUCCGCCGCAGAACGUGCAAGUUGAAGCCAUCAACUCCACAACCAUCCAGUUCUUCUGGAACCCUCCACCCCAGCAGUUCAUCAAUGGUAUUAACCAAGGGUACAAGCUUCUAGCAUGGCCAGUGGAUGCUCCAGAGACUGUGACCGUGGUCACCAUUGCUCCAGAUUUUCAUGGUGUUCAUAGUGGCUGCAUCACCAACCUGAAGAAAUACACCACUUACUACACAUCAGUUCUGUGCUUCACCACGCCCGGCGAUGGACCACGAAGCCCACCCCAGCUCCUGCGCACCCUCGAAGACAAGCCAGGAGCAGUGGGACACCUGAGCUUCACUGAGAUUCUGGACACGUCUCUCAAGGUCAGCUGGCAAGAACCUGUAGAGAAAAAUGGCAUCAUUACAGGCUACCAGAUCUCCUGGGAGGUGUAUGGCAGGAAUGAAUCUCUUCUUGCCCGCACGCUGCCCAACACCACCCUGGAGUACAAGAUCACGGGGCUGUCAUCUCUCACCACCUACACCAUCGAGGUGGCAGCCGUGACGGCCAAAGGGAGCGGCUGGGUCACGUCCUCCACCAUCUCUUCUGGCGUGCCCCCAGAACUUCCAGGUGCUCCAUCCAACCUGGUGAUCUCCAACAUCAGCCCUCGCUCUGCCACCCUUCAAUUCCGGCCGGGGUAUGAUGGCAAAACCUCCAUCUCCAAGUGGAUAGUGGAAGGUCAGGUUGGUGUACUGGGUGAUGAAGAAGAAUGGGUGAGUCUUCGUGUGGUAGAGAAUGAACCCGAUGCUCAGAUGCUGGAGGUACCACACCUUACUCCUUACACUCAUUACAGGUUCCGGAUGAGGCAGGUGAAUGUGGUGGGUCCCAGCCCUUUCAGCCCCCCCUCCCGUGUCAUCCAGACCCUGCAGGCUCCUCCGGACGUGGCCCCCGGCAGCGUCACCGUGCGCACGGCCAGUGAGACCAGCCUGUGGCUGCGAUGGGUGCCCCUCCCGGACACCCAGUACAACGGCAACCCGGAGUCGGUGGGGUACAGGGUCAAGUUCUGGCGUGUGGAUCUGCAGUCUCCCACCUCGAUGAAGGUUAUUAACGACCGGUUGGAAAGAGAGUACACGAUUGAAGAUCUGGAAGAGUGGACAGAGUAUGAUCUCCAGAUCCAGGCUUUCAAUGCCAUUGGGGCAGGACCGUGGAGCGAAGUAGUGAGAGGUCGUACACGGGAGUCCGUUCCCUCUGCUCCUCCUGAGAAUGUCUCUGCUGAGGCUGUGAGUUCAACCCAGAUCCUUCUGACAUGGGCUGCAGUCCCUGAACCCGAGCAGAAUGGUCUCAUCCUAGGUUAUAAGAUACUUUUCAAAGCAAAAGAUUUAGACACUGAACCAAAGAGCCAAACAGUCAGAGGGAACCACACUCAGUCUUUUCUGCUCUCUGGCUUGAGGAAAUAUGUGCUCUAUGAGAUCCAGGUCCUGGCAUUCACCCGCAUUGGGGAUGGAGUCCCCAGCUCUCCUGCAGUUAUUGAAAGAACCAAGGAUGAUGCCCCCGGGCCCCCUGUCAGGCUGGUGUUCCCUGAGGUCAGGCUGACAUCCGUGCGGAUUGUUUGGCAGCCACCGGAGGAGCCCAACGGAAUUAUUCUGGGGUACCAGAUUGCCUACCGUCUGGCCAGCAGCAGUCCCAACAAGUUCACCACAGUGGAGGUUGGUUCAACAGUCAGGCAGUUUACUGCUACAGAUCUCACCCCUGAGUCAGCCUACAUCUUCCGGACAUCUGCCAAGACCAGGCAGGGCUGGGGGGAGCCUCUGGAAGCCACGGUGAUCACAACAGAAAAAAGAGAACGACCAGCACCUCCCAGGCAGCUGAGGACUCCCCAGAGUGAUGUGUCAUCAAGAAGUCUGCUCCUGACGUGGGUCCCUGGCAGUGAUGGGUCUUCCCCGAUACGGUAUUUUACAGUUCAAGUGCGAGAACUGCCAAACGGAGACUGGCAAACCUACUCCUCUUCCAUCAGCCACGAGGCAACAUCCUGCAUUAUUGAAAGCUUGAACCCAUUCACCUCUUACAAGCUGCGAGUGAAAGCAACCAAUGACAUUGGGGACAGUGACUUCAGCACGGAGACUGAAGCGGUUACAACUCUGCAGGAUGUUCCAGGUGAACCACCCAGCUCUGUGUUAGUAACUCCCCACACGACCUCAUCUGUCCUUGUGCAGUGGCAGCCACCCAAAGCUGAGAGUCUCAAUGGCUUGCUGCUGGGAUACCGGAUCUACUAUCGGGAGCUGGAUUAUGACACUGGAUCUGGAACAGAAUCCAAAACCAUCCAGAACCCUUCAGCUUUAAGAGCAGAACUCACACCCCAAAGCAGCUUCAAGACAGUGAACAGCAGCUCUACAUUAACGACGUAUGAAUUAACACAGUUGAAGAAAUACAAGAGAUAUGAAGUAUUAAUGACAGCAUAUAAUGUCAUUGGUGAGAGCCCCACCAGCACCCCAGUGGAAGUGUUUGUGGGCGAAGCAGCACCAGCGCUGGCCCCACAGAACAUCCAAGUAAACUCCCUUUCUGCAAGCCAGCUGGAGCUCACCUGGGACCCCCCUCCUGCUGAGAGCCAAAAUGGGAACAUCCAGGGCUACAAGAUUUAUUACUGGGAGAGCGACACCCAAAAUGACACGGAGAAAGUGAAGGUUCUUUUCCUCCCGGAGACAACCGUCCGGCUGAAAAACCUGACCAGCCACACGGGGUACAUGGUCUGCAUCUCUGCCUUCAACGCGGCUGGGGACGGCCCCAGGAGCAGCCCCGCGCAGGGCAGGACCCACCAGGCGGCACCCAGUGCUCCCAGCUUCUUGGCAUUCUCUGAAAUCACUUGCACUACGCUCAAUGUGUCUUGGGGAGAACCGACAGCAGCAAAUGGAGUCCUGCAGGGUUAUCGAGUAGUCUAUGAGCCUUUGGCUCCUGUCCAGGGGGUGAGUAAGGUGGUGACUGUGGACAUUAAAGGGAACUGGCAACGCUGGUUGAAGGUCCGAGAUCUCACCAAGGGCAUCACCUAUUUGUUCAGAGUGCAAGCUCGAACCAUUGCCUAUGGACCUGAACUGCAAGCCAAUGUCACAGCUGGGCCAGCAGAAGGGUCUCCUGGCUCCCCUCAGGAAAUUCUGGUGACAAAAUCUGCUUCUGGGCUGACACUACAAUGGACUGAGGGAGAUUCAGGAGAAAAACCCACAACGGGCUACAUUAUAGAGGCACGACCCUCAGAUGAAGGCCUGUGGGAUAUGUUUGUGAAGGACAUCCCUCGCAGUGCUACCUCCUACACAGUUGGCCUGGACAAACUCAAACAGGGUGUGACCUAUGAAUUUCGGGUGGUGGCUGUCAACGAAUUUGGCUAUGGAGAACCAAGUGUUCCCUCUGUGGCAGUAUCAGCACAAACAGAAGCCCCUUUCUAUGAGGAGUGGUGGUUUCUGCUGGUGAUGGCUCUAUCAAGUCUGAUCCUCAUCCUCCUGGUGGUGUUUGCACUGGUCCUGCAUGGCCAGAGCAAGAAAUACAAGAACUGUAGCACAGGUAAAACCAUCUCCAACGUGGAAGAGUCAGUCACCCUGGAUAAUGGAGGCUUCACUGCUCUGGAGCUCAACAGCAGACACCUGAAUAUCAAAAACACCUUCUCAAAGAAGAAUGGUACCAGGUCUCCUCCUCGCCCAAGCCCAGGGGGGCUGCACUACUCUGAUGAGGAUAUCUGCAACAAGUACAACGGAGCGGUGCUGACCGAGGGCUUGGGCCUGAAUGAGAAGCCCUUGGAAGUGUCAGAGUCAGAGGCCACUGACUCAGAUUAUGAAGACGAGAUGCCCAAGCACUCCUUUGUGAACCAUUACAUGAGUGACCCCACCUAUUACAACUCCUGGAAGCGGCAGCAGAAAGGGGUGAAGCACCCAGCAUCCUACAGAUACGAGGAGUGCGCGGCCAGCGAGACUGAUCCCUAUUUCCAGACUGUCAUCACGACACAGAGCUCAGGAGGGGUGUACACCCCAACGGGACAGCCCGCGCCCGGCUCCCGGACUCCAGUGACAGGCUUCUCCUCCUUUGUCUGAGACAGGUCUGGAGGACACAGCCGAGCCCCCAGUGGCACUGGGAGGGACUCACCAGUGGCACUGGGAGGGACCCACCGCAGUGACUCCGUGUGUGUGUGUGUGACCGGUGGGGUGAACUGUGGGUAACUUCUCUAUCAGGGUAGAAACAGAUGGGAACACAAAUGAGGCUGGGGUGGUUGUUUUGGUUGUUUGGUUUGUUUGUUGUCUUGGUUUUGGGGUUUUUUUGUUGUUUUGUUUGGUUUUUUUUCUGAAGACAAUCAACUCUAAAAAUCUGGAGCUGAACCUUUGUUUAAACAAACCAACAAAAAAAAAAAAAAAAGGAAUUCUGAAAAAUUAUUAUUUUAACCACUUGUGAAUAGUAGGGGUUUUUUAACUGCUUUUUGUAACACUGCUUCAGGAAGCAGCUCCCAUGCCCUUCUCUUCCCUCUUGCUUUCUCUCCCUCUUGUCCCCCCAUUCCCAAACAAGGAGGUGAAUUCCCUAGAUGCAAUGAGUGACUUUGUGAUGUGAUUUGAAGAGAAAACAUAAAACCUCCCAGGCUCCUUUUUCUUCCUUUUUCUCUACCUUUUUAUUUAUUUUUUUAUUUUUUUUUACUUUUAUUCUUUCCCUGUCAUCAAGUUCAAGUAGGAAAAUACAGAGAAGGGACAAAUUUUUCUGUGAAAAGCAGACACCUCCUCUCUCCUCAUUGCUGCUCCCCACAUUAGGAGCACUGGCUGAUCAACUUAGGCUCAGAUGUGUCACUGUGUCUGCUCCAGGCUCACUACUGGUUUGUUUAUACUGAAUUACUGACCUGCUCUCCUCUCUUGUUCAAAUGGGGCCUGCUGCACUCUUUAAAUAUUCCAAUUCCCAGGGCCUUUAGAAGAGGAGAUGGCUCAAAAGAGCACUGCAGGCAGCGGUGGGUGAAGCAAGGGAGAAGAACUCAGAUGCAAGGUCAGUUUAUUUUCAGUGUGGCUCUAAUCCUCCCUGGUGAACUGCCUGUGCCUUUUCAUUGGGGCAUUUUUUAAAAAGUCAAAGGACACAACCCAGCAAGCCAGAGGAAUCUUUCAAUUAAGAUUGCAGUGACAAGCUAGAAAGUCUACUAAUUGAUGAGAUUUUUGAUUAUCAAAGUUAUCCUGCCCUGUUGAUUGAAGUUGAGCAUCCAUUCUUGCCCAGACUCUGCAGUGCUGCUUACUGGUCCGUAAAAAAGUACACAGUGGCUGCAUUUGAUUUUCUUUUUUUUAGUACAAAGACACGUUGCACAGACUGGGUGAGUUUUGGUGUCCACCAGUGCCUUGUAUUGAUUCUUCAGCUUCUUAUCUGGGAGAAGUAACAAAGUGUCUCCAAAUCAAGCUAACAAGGUUUUUCAAGCAUUCAGCAAUUCAAUUCACAUGAAUUACCGUGUGCACGUUUACAGUCUGCUUUGUGCACCUGAAGCUCCAGCCUUUGGAAAGAAGUUGGGAGAAUUUUUGUUUCUUUUCCAUCCUUUUGUAUAAAUGCCUUUUUGUUUUCUUCUUUUCUGUCCUUUUCUUGAGUCUGUCACAUUUAAGCAGUAAAUUGUUUACUCACAAGGAAGUUGUCAUGGGUUUAAAGAAUCCAAGUCCGGCCCUUGGACGUAGCAACAGUCCUGGAUCACCAGGCUUCUUACUGCAAGAGUCUGAAAGGUGAAUUUGGAAGUAGGCAACUCCUUGCCACUCCAGCAUCUGGCAUUUCCCCUCAGGUGGGUGUAGGUCAACCAGGAAAACUGUUAUCCUGCUGCUUGCAAACUCUGUCAGGGCACGUGUGGGCACUGUUACUAUUGCAAAUUGUCCCUGUCCUCUUGGAGGGAUGUGGGACAGCUCUGGCACUGGAUGGGAGUGUCUUCAAGGCAGGUUGUUGAAAUGAACCUGGCAUUGAUUAUGGUGCCUGUUCCUGCCCAUGGGGGCUGGUUAGAAGUAGCCUGGUGGCACCUCUCCUGCACAGGUGAGGUCCGAGGGCAGGCUCAGCCCUGCUGUCACCUUUUCUUGGACAGGGCCAACAAUCUCAGAACUGCUUUUACUCUUGGGCACUGCCUCUGAGCACUGCUGCUCUUGGUGCAUACAGAUUCUGGAUAGCUUUGGCACUGGAUUGCUGUUCUCCAAAGGCUUCAGAAAGAAAAUGUUCAAAACCAAAAACUCCAGUGGGUACGUUAAGGGCUUUUGAAUUUGGGAUAAUGAUCCAAAGCUCAAUAGAUGGUGAGGGAUGUGCAAAGACAUGGGCUUGAGCCAAACCCCUGUGAGCCAUCCCCCUCUCUGCACCUGGAUAGGAUGUGUGUGGGAUGGAGAAGGAGCUCCAAAGAGGAUGACGUGGAGCUUACUGGGAAGAGGAAUGCAAAGCAAACAAAAAACCCACUGCCUUCUGUGCACUUUGACUGUUCUCUUAAGCCAUAUGGACUUUGCUUUAAUUACUGAACUGACAAAAAAUUUGUUUGCAGUCUGAGUUUUUUUGUUCCUUAGCCAAAAUCAUCUACGUGAGUUUCUGAUUUGUUCUCUUUCUCCUUUGUUAUUUCCUGCAUCAGAUGACGUGUUUUAAACACCUUGUUUUAUACACAUGUGACAUAGCAAUGCAAUUGCUGUUGGAAUUUUAAUGGUGCUUGUCCAACAGGUAUGAGAGGUAGUGCUAUACAGGAGGAGCCUUUCCAGGACCCCUAAGGACUUUGGGAUGUAGAUGAGUAGAAAGUAGAUCAAACACAGAAAACUUGCUCCAAAGGAAAGGGUAGUCUGAGUAACUCCUGAAUAUUGCCAGAUCUGAACUGCUGUAAGGUGCAGUUUUUCCCUGGGGCUGAUCUGAUACCACAUUGAGCUAACAAGCAAGGAAACCAUGAGGAAUAAAGGAAAUGGACUCUGUGGCCACUGCUCCACUGAAUGACAACAUGGGAAGCAGCACAAUCUACACAAAGCAAGAAAAGACUAUUCCUUUUUUCUCAGGGCCAUCUGCAGCUACAAAUCCUGAGCCUAGGAAGGGCCUGCUGAGUUGGCUGUAUGGCCCUUUUCUUCUGACUGCUGCCACAGUAAAAGGUUAGGUGUGAUCCCUUUAGGACCUGUUGACAUGAACAAGGGUAUUUCUGUUCCAUUCCAGUCCACACUAUUGUCACUCUGGGUUUGGUUUUGUUCAGGAGUCAGCUCUUCUUACAUGUGGUUUUAUUGUACUCAGGCAACUCCAGAGCAUGGACAUUCACUGCUCUGCUCACCCCUCAGAUGAGCAGAGGAUCCAUGUUCUGCUGCCCAGGAUCCUGUAUAGCAACAUGCAUCAUGCCUGUGCCUUCUUGUUAUCACGCUCUACUUGUAAAAUAUGAUUACUGGGUAGGUUUUAUUUACCUUAGGUAUCAGGUAAAUUGUUCUAUCUGGAAGGAAGCACUUCAUCAGUGAGCAAGAAAGCUCUUUCACAGCUGUAAUCUUUGGGAAUCGCAGCCUUGAAAUAUGACUUUUCAACAGUAGUUGUCAUGUUACAAUAACUUCACUCAUCAAACCUGCUUCUGUUUCCAUCUUUCUGUUUAGAACACUCUUGGAAAACAAAGGCUUAUACUUAAAAUGCCUUUUUUAGGAUAUUUGGUUUGUAUUUAUUUACUUGCCCAUGUUUCUCAGGUCUCUUGGUGGCUAUUACUAAAAAAUAAAAACAGUGGCAUGAAAUGACCAAGGGAGACAUUUCAGGGAACAGCCUAAUAGGAGCUCAUUUUUCAUGCAAUAACCAUGGAAAUACCCAAUUUCCUGCCGGAAAAAAAAGUGGCCAGGUCUUCACCUCCCCCUCCCAGGGCUGAGAUGACACCAGCCACCACCGUCAGCGAUGCUCCCAGCACUCCCAAGGGCACUGAACCUCAGGUUGUCCUUGCCAUAAACCACCUUCACAGAAGUGAAGGAGCUGUACUGUUCCAGCCCACUUGAAGCGGAGCAUUUGAUCCCCCAAGAGUCUUUAUCCCACGUGAUUGUGACCCUCACCACAGCCCAUGUCCUUGGGUGGAAUAUUUUCCAUUCCCAUCUUUUAAUGCUCCAGUGUUGGUGCACGACCAGCACUGCUGGAGGGAGAAGGGACAGGAGAGGGCACUGUUUUACCUUCAUCGGUGACAGUCUCUUUUUCCCCACUCGGGGAGUCAACCAUGGGAAACCCCUCCAUGGGGAGGGCAGGGAGAAGUGAGAGCCCAGAGAGCAAAGGGUGGUAUGAACAUUUUGCAAGCAGUUGGCAUUACUGGAGAGAAGAAAAAAAAAACAAAAACAAACAAACCAGAGAAAGGAACUAAUCCUUUACCCCAAAGGAUUUUUUUCCUCUUCAUUUUGAGUGUGAAAGCCAGUGAAGCUUUGCAGAUGGGCCAAGAUCCCAUUUUUCCUGCUUAUACCCAGGUCUCUGCCAUAAGCUGCUGUAGCAAUUGUUUAGAAUAAACAUCUGAGCCUGUCUUGACAUGGGGAUACAUUUAUUAUCCUUGUCAUUUCUUCCCUUAAGAAAUCUAUUGGGUCAUUCAGAGAGUAUCCAAUCUGCUGUCCAAAACGGGAGGAGAGAUUAGCAGUUUUAUAUAUACGGAGCACUGGUGUCUUCUCUCAAUUGCUGUUUUCAGAUAAGCAGGGCAAGUUGUUUCAGAAAAAUCCUUUCAGAACAGGAAUUUAUCAGGAAACUUCAAAAAGAAAAAGAAAGCAAAAAACCCACAGAAAGAUAACCCCUGACAGGGCCAUUAGAAGUCUUGAAGUCUUAGAAACCUGUGAGAUGAAAGACUGAAUGUGAUCCCAAAACCUUCUAUCUGUAGUGAUCUCCUUUAUCAAUAGCAGCCAGAAAGAUACAUGCAAUGAGGGGUUGUAUCUGGAGAGGAAAAGCCACCACAGGCAGUUGUUGGUGAGGAGGUUGUACUGCCAACAGCUGUGUUCCACCUGGAGCUCCUGCUAGUUCCAUCACAUCUCUUAGGUUGUUUUUAUAGCCUUUCAGCAGCAUGUGUGGAGUCCAUACAUCAUUCUGGUGUUACAGAUGUCCUGUGGGGAGAGGUAUGUUGCUGUGGUGGUUACACAAAGCCUCACACAUGACGGUGUGGUUGUACAGUAUCCACUGACACCUCCUUAUGGAAAGCCACCCUUGAAUUAGGAGCACAUUCCCCGCAAGACUGAACUUGUUGGGCUGGGCAUUGGCUGUAAAUGGCUUCACCUGACAAGGCCCUUCAUUGUUUCUGUUUGCUGAUUCUUCUCCACCCCCAGCCCCUCCCAAACAAAUGAAGUUGGCUUACUCUUUGUGAAGGUGUAGAGUUUGCCACCCCUGGUAGUAGAGAACUGAUAAGCACACACAUGACACAUGGGACAUGAGAGAUACGUUUGGGCAAGGAGUGAAAUACCAUUGGGACUUGAGCUGAGAUUCAGGUUCUGACUCAGAAUUUUAUCUUCUCAAAGCUGCCACCUGCCCAUUUUAAACGGCCCUGGAGCCACAAGACUUUGUAGGAAAUUCAUUAUUUUGAUGCUGUUUGAUCACUGUGCACUUUCUUGGGGCUUGAAUUGUUGGGUAUAGAGACUGGAAUGGGGUUACAGAGCUUUAUAUCCAAACGUUUUCCCAUUUAUGUAUGAUUCUCUAGAUCUGGGAACAAAACCCUUCUGCUAAAGCAACGUGGUGAUGUUCUGCAGACGUGCCACCAGUGCUCCCACUCUGAUGUUGCUGGGUGCUGCUGGGAUCUGCCAGGGUGCAGUGGGAGUUCUCAGGUAGCAGGAAGGUGCAAGACCACUGUGUUAUGGUGAGUUUGUAGCCGGUCACUUUGGCACUCUUGGGAUGGAGUCCGUCCUCUGGUUUGGUACCUGGUGUCAGCGUAGGGGUAGGACCACCUUGCACAGCAGUGUUUGAGUUACCCUUCGGUGUACUACGGUUAUCGGAUCAUUGCUUUUCCUUCAGUGUCUCCUUGGGAAUUUGCCCUGGAUUUUGGUUCCACACCUCUCGUUAGCCUCACCUUCACCACUCCACUAUUUUAUAUGAGAAAGUUACUUCUUCUUUUGCAAACUUGCUUCUAAUUAAAAGAAUCCUUUUUGAAA